AUGUAUUUUUCUCUUUCAUGCAAGAAACCUAUGGCAUUUAUAUACGAGUUGCCCAUUCGACCCAUUUAUUUUAUCAAAGCCAUGUGUUUGUCUCUUCCAAGCAAGAAACUUAUGGAAUUUUUAUACGAGGUAAGAAAUAACUUAGAUUUGUCUUCAGGUAUAUAA